AUGGGAAAAGGGGCCAACUGUAGCUGGAUUGGGCCCGAGAUCCCUCUGUCAUCACAAUUCUUCUCUGCCAUUAAAGAUGAGCUGUGGCUCUUCCUCAUCCCGGCUGGCCUAGCCAUCAUUUUAUUGGGAGUGUUUCUGGAGGAGGUGGGCUUCUUCGUGCGCAACAUUCCCUCGUCCAGACGAAAACAGCUCUACCUAUGGAUAUUAGGAAUGUACCCGGUAUUUGCCUUGACAUCCCUCAUAGCGCUGUAUGUGCCACGCUCCUCCUCGCUGUGUAAUUUCAUUGCCUCACUGUAUCACUCCAUCACCUUGCUAAAAUUCAUGGGACUGAUCACAGACUUCUUUGGAGGGAAAGCUCGUAUGCUGGCUGCCCUGUCUGGACAGCGGGUAUCUCCAGAUCCCUUUCCCUGUUGCUGCUGCUGCUGCCUGCCAAUGGUGGCCAUCAACAGCAGCAGCCGAGGCUGGAUGAUGGCUGCUGUGCUGCAGCUCUCUGUUGUCCGGAGUAUCUUGUUCUUUGUCACUCUGGUCCUGUGGACAGAUGAACAGUAUGACUAUGGUGAUGUGGACUCAGUCAACCCCAACCUGUAUGUGAAUGGGAUCAUAUGUGUGUCAACCUUUGUGUCCUUCUACGGCCACCUUCUCUUUUACAAAGCCACUAAGAGUGCUCUACACGGAUAUGGACUGAGAGCCAAGUUCAUCUGCAUCAUUGUGGUGUUGGUGCUGUGUGGCCUGCAGAGUGGCAUCUUGGAGACCAUGGGUGCUCUGGAUGUUAUCCCCUGCACACCUCCUUUCUCUGUCCUGACCAGGUCCCAGUUGAUCUACCACUACUGUGUGAUUGUGGAGAUGUUCUGCAUCGGUCUGUACGCCCGCCACACUUUCCGUAAGGUGGAGCCCAGUGUGUUGGAGGAUGUGGAGGGGCCCAUCACUGUCUUGCAGAUAGAAAAGGCCGUUCAAACAGAUGAUGUUCAGGUGACACAUCACAAGUCUGGCCCGCUCGGCCACCGCCUCAUCAGCGCCUCCAAUCCCAGCUACAGCAGUGACAGCGAGGACAGCCUGUGCAGGAUAGAGCAUGCUCCUCUGGAUGGAUUCCCCUUCCCUCAGCCUCAGGCCAGAGCCCAGCAGCUGGGCAGGCCAGGAUCAGUGGAGCCCAGGUCUGCCCAGGAACAUGCUGUACAUCUGACCCACAUUUCUGUCAGGGCUGAUAUUAACUAUGAGGACUUUAAGGAUGCCACUUUGGUUUGA